UCAAUUCCCACGAGAAUAAAGGUUUGAUAAAGUCAUGAGCUUUCUGUUCUCCAUGUCAUGGACUCAUGAACAACCAAAAAGAUUAAUAUAAAAGUAUUAUUUUCUUGAUUUAUCAAAUGCCAUAGCUUACAAGAAAGGUUAAGAAAUAAUAAUUACAUACUCAUGGACUUUGUUCAAAGGUCCCUCUCCGUGUUUUAGCUUCCUCCUCCAAGCUUCGCCCCUUUUGCAGAAGUCUGAAAAUAUAUAUCUGCUUGCUGUGGAGUUUCAGAACCCCAGUUCAUCAGAUUUAUCACAUUCUCAGUUGCUCUGGCUUUGAUUUUAAGAGAGAGAUUAUGGUUUUCGAGAAAUUCAAGGUUUUAUGUGUAAUGCUAUCUUGUUCAAUUUGCAAAAUUUAGUAGAGUUUUAGUUGCCGGAAAUUUCAUCAAUGUCGGAAAAGAGUAGGCUUCCAUCGAAGUUUCUUUUCUACUUGAUAACGAUUUCAUUGUUCCUUUUAAUCUCUUCUUCUGUCUUCCUACUUCAGUUUAGCAAUACUUCCUUUACACCGAGUUCAGUGUUUAAGCUUAUUCUUCUCAAUGGCACGUCGGUGUACUUUGAGCCCCUUUUGAAAAGUAGGCAGAAAAACCUUCUUUUCCUCCCCUCUGAGGUUCCCCUGGUUGAUGCUGGAAUAUCCACAAAAAUAAGUGAAUUGGGAUGUGAAGACUCCAAUUCAAGCAAGAAGUUGGAAUCUUUAGGAAAAAAGAAAACGAUUGCUUGUGACUCAACUCAGGCUCUCUUGAGGGUGUUUAUGUAUGAGUUGCCUCCGGAGUUUCACUUUGGGUUAUUAGCUUGGAAGGGUAAGGAGAAUCAAACUUGGCCAAAUGUCAAAAACCCAAGUUCUAUUCCAGCUUACCCAGGUGGCCUGAAUUUACAGCACAGUAUCGAAUACUGGCUUACCCUUGAUCUUCUAUCAUCAAGUCUUCCGACUGUGGUCAGACCAUGCACAGUAGUCAGGGUGCACAAUUCAAGCCAAGCAGAUGUUAUUUUUGUGCCGUUCUUCGCAUCUCUGAGUUACAACAGGCAUUCUAAGCUUCGUGGAAAGGAGAAAGUAAGUGUGAACAAGAAGUUGCAGGAAGAGUUGGUGCAGUAUUUGAUGGGUCGGGAGGAAUGGAAAAGAAAGGGUGGGAAGGAUCAUUUAAUAGUUGCUCACCAUCCCAAUAGCAUGUUAGAUGCAAGAAAGAAAUUAGGCUCUGCAAUGUUUGUGCUUGCGGAUUUUGGAAGAUACCCUGCUGAAAUAGCAAAUAUUGAGAAGGACAUAAUUGCUCCUUACAGACAUUUGGUGAUGACCAUUCAGAGCAGCAAAUCAGCCUCAUUCAAUGAGCGUCCUAUACUAUUAUACUUCCGAGGAGCAAUAUACAGGAAAGAUGGAGGAAAAGUUCGACAGGAAUUGUAUUAUCUUCUUAAAGACGAGAAAGAUGUAUACUUCACUUUUGGUAGCGUUCGAGGGAAUGGUAUUAACAAGGCAAGCCAAGGAAUGGCCUCAUCAAAGUUUUGCCUGAAUCUUGCUGGUGAUACCCCUUCCUCAAAUCGCCUAUUUGAUGCCAUCGCCAGCCAGUGUGUUCCUGUGAUAAUUAGUGAUGAGAUUGAGCUACCAUUUGAAGAUUUCUUAGACUACUCACAGUUUUGCAUAUUUGUUCACUCAUCUGACGCUAUUAAGAAGGGUUACCUACUGAAUCUUCUGCGAGGAAUCAAGCAAGAAACGUGGACCAAGAUGUGGGAAAGGUUGAAGGAAGUUGUACAUCAUUUUGAAUAUCAGUAUCCAUCCCAGCCUGGUGAUGCCGUUGAUAUGAUAUGGCAGGCAGUUGCUCAUAAGGAAACCUCUAUACAAUUUAAAUUUCACAGGAAGAAGAGAUAUGACAGGUCAACAUCUGAUAUAAGAGCGAAUGACACUCGCCCGUAUGAAAGAGUUUGAAAUGUUUAGUCACUAAGAUCUCUUGACCACAUCGCGGAAACAUCACAAGUUCGCUAAAGGUGGAGUACAAGAGAGGCACAGACUAAGUUGAGAACUUGAGACAUGUAAGGAUUUUGUUUUAGACAGUAUAUAUUUGUGCCAUCGGUACUGAUUGUAGUUGUAGUUUACGUAAUAAUUUUCAAUCCAAUUAUUUCGUUUUUUAA